UUUAUAGACAAAAAGAGCAGAGAGAGAAAGAGAGAAACAGAGAGAGAGAGCAUGCUCGCAAAACUUGACGUAUCCUCUUUACUUUACACCAAAGUGCAGGUACAACUGGAAGUGCAACAUAAAAACUGCAUUAUUACAACAGCGUCCUGAAAAAGAGAAACAGCAUAGAGGACAAUCACACACAAGAUAUUACUCUAAAUAUCAAUUUAUAACAACUGUGCGAUGGCUCCGUCACUCUCGCAAGCCUACAGGAGGCGCUGGUGGAUGGCUAUCACGGCAGUCGUAGAGAACCUGCUCUUCUCUGCUGUGUUGCUAGGAUGGGGUUCCCUCCUAAUCAUGCUGAAGAACGAAGGCUUCUACUCACACCUGUGUACAGAGAAUGAAACAGAGAGUCACACAAAUGUAAGCUUGACUGAAAGAUUGCAUUGGCUGAGCUGUAUUGAGCAGGAGGAGAUUCUGAAUCUGGGCUUUACGAUUGGCUCGUUCAUCAUCAGCGCGGCCACACUGCCUUUAGGAGUCCUGAUGGACAAAUUUGGGCCACGUCCGCUCAGAUUGCUUGGCAGUUCCUGUUUUGCAUUCUCCAUGGUUUUAAUUGCUCUUGCAGCAUAUGAUCCUACAGUGUUAUCAGCUCUCAUAUUCAUUGCCGUCUCUAUGAAUGGGUUCGGAGGGAUCUGUUUAACCUUCACCUCACUGACAUUGCCGAAUAUGUUUGGAAAUGUGCGCUCGACGAUUCUCUCACUUAUGAUUGGCUCUUACGCCUCCUCUGCUGUAACCUUCCCAGGAGUUAAGCUGAUCUAUGACCUAGGUGUGUCAUUUUGUACGAUUUUCUGGGUGUGGGCGGCCUUUGCCUGUCUCGUCUUUGUCAACUGCUUUGUCAACUGGCCAGCAGAAUCUUUUCCUGCACCCGAGGACAUCAGAUACAGUAAAAGGGUGACAUUGAGAGGUCAAGUAGUGGACCAUAAGAUGACUGGAGAUCGCUCUUACAGUCACGUGAUUACCGAAGAACAGGAAGUGACCAAAAAACUGCCUUCAAAUGAUGAAGCGUACCACAAUGGAACAGCAUCGCAGACUCAGGGAUCUCCACCUUUCAGACGUUCCGUGUGUUCGCCAAUCUUUCUGUGGAGUCUCAUCAUCAUGCCGAUGACCCAGCUUCGUAUCAUAUUUUUCAUGGGUGCCAUGAAUAAGAUGUUGGAGUUCCUGGUUACCCAUGGUGACCCUGACCCCUCUGAGGAGUUGAUAAACGAGGCAGAGGAUCAAGUGGGUUUCUACUCGUCCAUCUUCGGCACUCUUCAGCUGCUCUGUCUGGUGAGCUGUCCUCUCAUUGGCUACAUUAUGGACUGGAGAAUGAAGGAGUGUGAUGAUGAAGUGAAUCCAGCAGAUGGAGCUAUAAGUCAGUCUGGGCCUCCGAAGAGGGACAGAAAGAUCCAGAAACUCACCAAUGCCAUCAGAGCUUUCAGCUUUACUAACCUGCUGCUGGUCGUGUUUGGUAUCAUCUCCCUCAUAGAUAACCUACCCAUACAGGUGGUGUCUUUUAUUUUGCACACUGCAGUCAGAGGUUUUAUUCACUCGUGCUGUGGCGGCCUCUAUGCUGCUGUCUACCCAACCAAUCACUUUGGCACUCUGACGGGGCUUCAGUCCAUGAUCAGUGCUGUGUUUGCCCUUCUACAACAACCACUCUUCAUCCUAAUGUUGGGACCAUUGAAAGGUGAUCCUUACUGGAUCAACUUUGCUCUGCUUUUGUUCUCUUUGGUUGGAUUCUUUAUGCCGGGAUAUCUCAUCUACCAUAGAAGACAACUCAUAAAGGAGAAAGCAAUGAGGGAUAAUCUGUCAGUGGGCCAAUCAGCACAGGAGAGCGUCAGUCUCAAGCAAACAAAUGGUUCCUCAAAAUAUCAAACUAAUGGAAAUAUCUGAGGUUACUAAGUUUGAGAUGCGUGUGAAUUAUUACAGAAAUACUCGUCUGAUUAUGACAAUUUUUGUUUCACGGCGCUUCGAAAACUGAAAAAUUGGGUUUGUCUUGUAAAGCAAAAUAACUGACAGACAAAAGUGGGUAAACCUCUCAGAGUUUUUUUUCAGUGUUUGCUAUACUAAGCACUGAAAGUCAUUUUUCUUUAAAAGUCUCACCGUUAUCAGAAAUACGUUUACGGUGUUUUCUUUGCAGUACUCAAAAGAAACCUUCAGUAUUAUGCUACUUGCCUGGCUGACAGUGAUUUACCUUAUAGUCUGAAGUUUGUCUUUGUUUGCUAAAAUAUCUUCUUUAUAAUUUCACAGAUACUGAAAUGUUCAUGAAAAUGAUAGUAGAAUAACAGGGAGGGGUUCAGUAUCUUUAAAAGCAUCUUAACCUCCUCAUAUUCAGAUGCACUUCCUGCCAGAUUGAGGCAGUUGUCCUCACCAAAGGCAAAAAAAAAAGGGGGAUUUGAUUCCGGGAUAAAUAUAACAGUGUCUCAAUGGAAUGGCGAGAAAAAGACUCUACUCAAGGUCAUGGCCUUUUUUCGUCAUAUUGUCAUCAUAUAACUGGGAAGUAGAAGGCUGUAGUUCAAACCAGCCGUUCUCUGUAGUCCUUGAAAAGUGAAUUCUGUUCAAGAAAAUAUAUUGCUUGGCUUUGAGCUUUGUAAUUUGGCAGGUGUUAUUAAAGUUAUUAAUUUAAGUAUUACUAUAGAAAGUACCUUUGCGCCUAAAGAGUUCAUGUUAGUACCUCUAAGGUACUUAUUGCUACCAAAGAGUGUAUAUUAGCACAUAAAAUGUACAUAUUGGUACCAAAUGUAUACACUUCAACGUAAAAAAAUAGCUGUAAUAUUGCAUCUGGUUGCCAGUAAUUUACUGUAGAAGAUAAAGACUGAAAAUGUUUCAUUUUCAUUUAACUUUGAACAAACUGUUACCAGUAAAUAACAUAAAUGUAAAAUCUACAGUAAGUUACUGGCAACCAGCUGUAAUUUCUACAGAUUUUUUUUUACAGUGCUCUAUAUCUAAAUGAUACAUAUUAGGACUUUUUUUUAAAGGGUACUGCCUUGUUUUCUGAAAGUAUACAAAUGCACGUUAUUUUAAAGGAAAAACAUGUUUGUUUCCAUAAAAAAAACUUCAAACUGAAUUGUAUAACUUUUCAUGUCUUUA